UGAAAGACCGUAAAAGCCCAAUCUUCCCAAUUCAUCGCAUCAGCUUGCUUUUUUAAGGACUAUUAUCUUCUGGAAUCCCCAACAUGUUGAUCUUCCCCACAAUCGCCACUCUCGUGGCUCUCUCAACCUCCACCACCGCCCUUUUGCAGCCCCGCUCAAUCACCCCCCCGGACGGAUGUCCCAUCCCUACCUGGGAAGUUACCACUUUCCACUGGUACAACGGUUCAAAAAGCCUGGACUGUGUCCAUAACCAGGCCGACAUCAACUUCAAAGAUUGCCUCUGCGGUCAUGGCUGGUGCGCCCCCGACCCUGCCACCUGCAACGGGAGCAUGGUCAAUGUUUGCUGGACCGGGAAGCCCAAUUACCAGCCGUGGGGAUAUGGUCCUCCUGAGACACUUGACAUCGACUUCGCGGAUGGACUGACCUGCCACGAUGAGUACAUCGGGUAUCGAGUACAUGACAUCGGAAACGGAGCAUCUAAUUGUGGAUAUGCGGAUCGCGGCGAGGGAAGGAUCGUUUCUUUCUAUGGUAGCUCCAACUAUGCGACGUCUACCGGGCAUAUGGAUUAUGUCCUGGGAGAUGGGCAUGCGCUGGAAUGUGCAAAUGGUAGCCUGAUCACUUACUCUGGGAGCACGGAUUUUACUUUGUCAUGCACGCACGAUGAGUAUUUCAAUGCGACGUGUACUGCGCCGGACUUUGUUAUUCCAGUGUUGAGUUAUGAGUGGGUGUCCUAGGUGUUGGGGUGUGAUUGGGUGGGGUACUGAGGAAGAUGGUAGUGGCUCAGCUGAGUGUCAUGUCGGUUGAGAACGAUAUAUGCAUGGACCAUUGGAUAGUUAUAUUAUAUGUAUGCUUUUGAGACCAUUACUCCGGCUUGUUGUCCGUACUCAAAAUACUUCUGAGUCGUCUUCAGAUGUCCAAGGGUACAAUUAUGUUCUUUUUAACUAGUCACUGAAGACUAAUCGCUUCACUUGAAUAUUCCGGCGUUUAAUAACAUAAUGCCCUUGUUGUGGCUCAUUUAAAGAAUAUGCAAUCACCGUACGGAUCAUAGAA